CUUGGUGGGUCUUUGAAAGCGUUAGCGGUUUUUGUAGUCCAGUAACACAGUAGCUCAGCGUCUGACAGGGAAGAGGUGUUGGCAUAGUCAUACAACUACAGAAAAUAAUGGCUUCCAUGUUGCUGAACUCAAUGCGCACUUGCCCAGUAAGUCCAGCACGGGCAGUACAAUAUGCGGCACGCUCUCUCAGUACAACAACUCAGCUACAGGCUCAAGUUCAGACAAAGAGCAAAAAGACCCUGGCGCGGCCUAGUGUGAAGAACAUAGUCCUGGUGGAAGGAGUUCGAACUCCUUUCCUGAUGUCUGGAACCACAUAUGCUGACCUGAUGCCCCAUGACUUGGCCAGAGCAGCUCUACAGGGUCUUCUGCAUAAGACAGGUAUCCCUAAAGAUGCUGUCGAUUACAUCAUCUAUGGAACAGUCAUUCAGGAGGUCAAGACCAGCAACGUAGCCAGAGAAGCAGCACUCGGAGCAGGCUUCUCAGAUAAGAUUCCAGCUCACACUGUCACCAUGGCCUGCAUCUCCUCUAACCAGGCAAUGACCUCAGCUGUGGGUAUGAUCGCUGCAGGACAGUGUGAUGCUGUUGUGGCAGGUGGUGUGGAGUUCAUGUCUGAUGUUCCUAUUCGUCACAGCCGGAAGAUGAGGAAAACCAUGUUGUCUCUGAAUAAGGCGAAGACCCUUGGCCAGAGGUUGGGUCUGAUUGGAAGCAUCCGACUGGCACACCUUGCCCCUGAGCUUCCUGCUGUUGCUGAGUUCUCCACAGCAGAAACAAUGGGCCACAGUGCUGACCGUCUGGCUGCUGCAUUUGGGGUUUCCAGAGUAGAGCAGGAUGAAUUCGCUCUGCGCUCACACACUUUAGCCAAAAAAGCCCAGGAUGCAGGACUUCUGAAAGAUGUCAUCUCCUUUAAAGUGCCAGGUCGUGAUAUUGUUUCUAAGGACAACGGUAUCCGCCCAUCCUCCAUGGAGCAAAUGGCCAAACUGAAACCAGCCUUCAUUAAGCCUCAUGGGACUGUCACUGCUGCCAACUCUUCUUUUUUGACUGAUGGUGCCUCUGCUGUGCUUAUCAUGUCUGAGGAGAAAGCUUUGGCUAUGGGUUACAAGCCUAAAGCCUACCUCAGAGACUUUGUGUAUGUGUCUCAAGACCCUAAAGACCAGCUGCUUUUGGGUCCAACAUACAGCACACCCAAAGUCUUGGAACGCGCAGGAUUAACAAUGGAUGACAUUGAUGUCUUCGAGUUCCAUGAGGCGUUUGCUGGUCAGAUAAUGGCAAAUUUGAAGGCUAUGGACUCAGACUGGUUCGCCCAGACGUACAUGGGCAGGAAAUCAAAGGUUGGGACCCCUCCCACGGAGAAGUUCAACCUGUGGGGAGGCUCCCUGUCUCUGGGUCACCCGUUUGGAGCCACCGGCUGCAGGCUGGUCACUACCGUGGCACAUCGGCUGCAGAAGGAGGGAGGACAGUACGGGCUGGUGGCAGCAUGUGCAGCAGGAGGACAGGGUCAUGCUAUGGUGAUUGAGGCCUACCCCCAGUGAAGCACUUAAAACAUGAUCUGUAACCCAAUGUUGAGCUUUGUCAGUGACAUCCAUAGGACUAAGUGUACAUACUAGCACCAUUUUGCCUUGAUCAGAAAGGGGACAAAAACAGUAUGAGGAAUGUUGUGUAAAUGAAACUUUGCUUGGAGGCGGUUAAAUUCUAGCAGAUUGUUGUUAAGGAAUGUCGCCACUGAUAUUGUAGACUUUAAGAUGUGUUUUGUCUAAAGAGUCUAAUGUAACAUAGCAAAGUUUAAGCACUCUGAAGAGCUACGGUGAUGCUAAUGUUUAUAUACGCUGUAAUAUUUUUUUUCUUACAAACUGUUGAAAUUAAAUGGUGUGAUACAACCACAGUGACACUG